UCUCGAAAAAUCGUGGAGGUGGCCUCAGGUUUCUCUCCAGUAAACGUGUGGUAUUUCUAGAAUUGAUAGGUUAGAAUUACAGUUUCUCUCACGUGUUGUCUUGUACGUUUACGAUUUUAAUAAAAAGUUCUACAAGAUGAAGAUUAAAAAUUUGCGAAAGAAUCCUCUGUGUCGGCCCAGAGAAGAAAAUGACGUACCGAAUGAUCAACCGAGUACUUCGACUAAUAAAACUUCCGAAGUUUUGCUGCCGUCUGAUAGUAAUUUUAAUCACAUCAAAUGCAAAGCGGUGAGGUAUCAGAAAUGCCAGGAAUUGAUGAAGGAACGAGCAAAAGCGAAGAAAGCGGCAAAGAAAGUCAGGAUACAGGAGGGUGCUCCGAAACAGGUGCCACAUACUUUAGAGAGUCUACGAGAAAAGGAUGAAACUAUGAUAGUAGGUAGUUUGGAUGAUGAGGCGAAUAAGGAGCUCAAAGUUGAUUGUGAGCAUGACGAAUUUGCUGCUUACUACAGGCAGGAGUAUGAACCUAAGGUCCUCAUUACAUACGCUGAUAAUCCAAACAGAAAAACAAGAAUUUUUGGUAGAGAACUGACGAGAAUUAUUCCUAAUUCUAUUUCACUGUAUAGAAAUCGUUCUGGUGUUAAGAAGAUUGUCAAGAGUGCUACUGCCAGAAACUUUACAGAUGUAGUAAUCGUUAACGAGGAUCAAUGUAAACCAAAUGGCAUGUUGGUCAUUCAUUUGCCAGAUGGCCCUACUGCACACUUCAAGCUCAGUAAUGUCAAAAUAACAACAGAUUUAAAACGUAGCCAUAAAGAGAUUACAGAACACAGACCUGAAGUUAUACUCAAUAACUUCACUACACGCUUAGGCUUUACCAUUGGCAGAAUGCUAGGAGCAUUAUUUCAUUAUCAGCCACAGUUUAAAGGAAGGAGAGUGGUAACAUUUCACAAUCAAAGAGAUUACAUAUUUUUCAGGCAUCACAGAUACGAAUUUAAUCUUCAGGCUAAAAAAGCGAAAUUACGAGAAUUAGGUCCAAGAUUUACUCUGAAGUUAAGAUCGCUGCAACAUGGAACGUUCGACAGUAAAUAUGGCGAUUACGAGUGGAUCAUACAAGGUCGCAGACACGCCAUGGAAACGAGCAGAAGAAAAUUCUUCUUGUAAAUUCUUGUGUUCUAUAUAUCAGAAUUAUGAGGGAAAUAAUUUGUUGAAAAAAAUUAAUCAUAUUUAUAUGCCAAACACGUAAAUAAACUUUUAUUAAUCUUAA